AUGGAGCAGUCCCCUGCAAUGCAUUCUGACUACUUGGUCUCAGGGAUUCGAACUCCGCCAGUGAGGAGGAACAGCAAACUGGCAACACUGGGCAGGAUCUUCAAACCAUGGAAGUGGCGGAAAAAGAAAAAUGAGAAGCUAAAGCAGACAUCUGCAGUGCUGGAGAAGAAGAUGACAGCACGACAAGGUCGGGAUGAACUCAUUAAGAAAGGCCUUCUGGAGAUGAUGGAACAAGAUACCGAAGGCAAAGCCUGCACUGGUGAUGAUGCCACGAGAGCAACGCAGAGUGACCCUCCAGCUCCUGUGUGCCAGGCGCUUGCCUCAGAAGAGGUGCAGCAAGAGAGUACGGUAGCAGCCACAACAAACGUGACCUCGCUUAGUGAGGAGCUGCAUUUGGAUGAGCUGAAAGAAGAUGCAGCCAAGAAACCUUCAGCACCCACGGAAGUUUCAGAAGAUGCCAGCCUGCCAGCAUCUGAAGACAGUCCACAAGCCUUACUUGCAUCUGAAUCCACAGAUUCCCCCCAGAAACAGACAGAAAGAAACCCAGCACAGCUUCCCAGCCCUCCGUUGCUCCCAACUCCACCACCUAAGGCAAUCUCCAAAAUCACAAAGAGCGUAACAGCGGGAAGUGAAAUAGAUGACCCAGCCAUGAAAUCUCCUCCUUCCACCAUCCUGAAGAAUUAUGUCAUUGUUGGUUCCUCCCAAAUCUCAGGACAAGCUGCCCUCUUCCAUCCCUCUGGCCAGAAAAGUUCAGAUCCCCAUGUCAGAGGACAGGUAACAACGCCAACCGGUUCCCCUCACCUGGCUGCCGUCCACCUGCCUUUACCUCCUAGCAGAGUCAUUGAAGAACUCCACAGGGCUCUGGCCACCAAACACCGGCAGGACAGCUUCCAUGGAAGAGAAAGCAAAGGCUCUCCAAAAAAACGAGUGGAUGUCCGUCCAUCCAGAACAUCUAGCAUUGAGCGCAACAAAGAAAAGGAGAACUCACUGAGUUACAGCAGUGAUUCAGAAAACAAGCGGAACUCAGUUAAAGAGUCAGAUGAGAACAAAGAAAACAUGAUCAUGAACUCAGAGCUCAAGGAAGACUCUGUUUUUUAUCAGGAUGAGGAAGUUUUGAAUGACUCAGUUAUUUCUGGUACUUUGCCAAGAAAAUGCAAGAAAGAACUGCUGGCAGUAAAGCUACGAAACAGACCAAGCAAGCAGGAGCUGGAAGACAGGAAUAUUUUCCCAAGGAGGACGGAUGAGGAAAGACAGGAAAUCCGGCAGCAAAUUGAAAUGAAACUCUCAAAGCGACUCAGCCAAAGACCUGCUGUUGAGGAGCUAGAAAGAAGAAAUAUACUUAAACAACGAAAUGAUCAAACAGAACAGGAAGAAAGAAGGGAAAUCAAACAGAGACUGACAAGAAAGCUCAACCAGAGACCUACAGUCGAUGAACUAAGAGACAGAAAAAUCCUGAUUCGAUUCAGUGAUUACGUGGAAGUGGCAAAAGCACAGGACUAUGACAGGCGAGCAGAUAAACCAUGGACCAGACUAUCAGCAGCAGAUAAGGCAGCAAUUCGGAAAGAGCUAAAUGAAUACAAAAGUAAUGAAAUGGAGGUACAUGCAUCAAGCAAACAUUUGACAAGACCAGAUCCUAACCAGCAUAACAUGAUUGUCAUUCUGCACUCGCUGAGGCUCUGGCCCCCUAAAGAAUGA